AUGUGGGACCGCCUGCGAUCCUCGUCCUCGUCGUCCGCCAUCACAGCCCCAGACCACCCUUUCCAGGAACGGCAUCUCGGUGGCGGCGUACACAAGCACUCCGUCGGUCAAAAGAGCGCGCGAGUCGACUUUCUCGAGCCACUCGACGCCUUGGGGAUUGCUCACAAUUCAGACAGCCCUCAUCGAUUUGCUAUACAGCGAGGCAAGGUCGUGCCCCGAUACCACAACGUUGACAUUGUUUUGCCAUCGCAAAACGGGCUUGGAUUCGCGUAUCCAGAUGUCGUGCCGCCUCGGCGAAACUCUCGAAGAAGACAGCGGCAACAAGAACAAGAACAACAACAACAGCAGCAACAACAACCAUCGCAUCUUCAAACCAACCCUUCCUGGCGCCCUGUCUCCUCAGUCUACGGCGAUAGUGACGGAGAAUCGUCGACAAUUGCACCACAGUACAAACUGGAGACUUCAAAUAACCUAGGCGGCUCUGCCGCUGACCAAAUAUCGCCUCCCAGCUCGCCGGACGUUUAUGUUACGCAAGACCGGUUUACAGCUGAAGAUGUAUCACCUAUUGAUGACGACUCGGAUGACAUCCAGCGGGUGGCAUUUCAUGUGAAAAGCCGUGAUGCCCGCAGCCCUCCUUCUCAACAGCAAGGGUCUGGCAUAGAACAACAAAGUCUGCCUUCACGGAGUGAUGACGCAGCUUCAGUGAGUCAGUCACGACAACUUCAAGCACCUGGCGAAAAAGCAUGGAACGAGCGGGUUCACACCGGACGAGCACUCACCCCUCCGGAUGGUGACGCACGCCAUCACACCCGGCGGCCAGUCUUGGCUUCUGAUUCAACCACGCCUCUUGCCUCCCCCGAAAAAAAGAAUAUUAAUAUCCCCUCGCCCCCGCAUGGCUUGGGAAUGCGCCUCCCUACCAAAGAUGACCGGCAACCGCUCGACAAUCGCCCGCCUUGGAAUGGAGCCAGUGGCCGGUCUGUGAUGGUCGAGCCUGUUCAUCACGACUUCAAUGCGGUGCCAUUAGGGGUUCCGCGAAAGAGCAGCAAACGAUCUGGCCGCAGUGGGAGACCACUGGCAGCGGGCGCAGGAUCUGGGAUGCCCGAGUCUUCUGGUGCUGGCAGCGCGAUGAGGAAGUUUUUCCCCCUGACCGCUAAGCAUAAAAGCAGAAAGUCCAUCUCAUCGCCGAUCCAAGCGCCUAUCGAAGGACAACUGCAGGUUCUGACUGCAGAGAAUUCGUACCCAAGCCCUCCCCAUACCGAUUUGCCAACGCCCGAGCCUAGGGCUCGUCAGGCCAUCCAGCCUAUUCGGCAUAACCAAGCUCUCGCCUCACAUCCACCGGAGCCUCUUCCCGCUUCCAUAAAUGCAUGCAGGAGAAAGCCGCCGCCUCCAUCAAGCCAGGCAAUUCGUGCUUUGAGUUCCAAAGCUUCAGAGGGUGCGGGAGGUCUAGCCACCCCGGUCCUCCCAGCUCAUGAUCGUUCACAUGACACAUGGGUGCCACCCCCUUCUCGUUUCAGCGUUACCACCUAUGCAACGUCGAACCCGGGCACCCCCCGACAAUCCGCCGAAGAAGACGUACCGCCACUUCCAAAUGUGCCACUGGCUGCCAGCUCUAUGAAUAGUAGCAGGCCAGCGGCUGGCGGCGGAAGCAAGCCAACUGGCCCUGAGGAGCCCUCGGUUAUUUCCACGUGGAGCCCGAACACGGCCGCGGGAUCGUCUCAGAGUCGCCAAGGUAGUUAUGAUGCGACGGGUCAACGUCGUCGGUUCAGCAGCGACACGAGAUCGUCAGAUCGUCGGGCAUCGUCGUUGUCAAUGUCCAAGCCUCUCCCCCCUGCGCCACCCGAGCUUUCGCUGGCUGACGAUCCGGUCUCGCAACUGAAUGCUCAGCUUAACAGUCUCUCUCACCGCCGCAUCAACAUUGAGAAGAGCAUUAAACAGAUGACGGAGCUGAUGCCCCAAGACAAUUUGCUGGCUAGCAAUCAGGUUCUACGCAGACGCGAGGAAGAAAAGCAAAAAGUAGAUGGGCUGCGGGAGGAAUUGGCUGUGAUCCAAAGCCAAGAGCAUGAACUAGGCCUUCGAUUGUUCCGUGCAUAUAGACGCCAAGACAAGAACUCUGAAUAUGAACCCACGAAGCUAUGGGUGCGAAGGGCGGCAGGAUGA